UCUGCUAAGCGCACGCUAACCGGUUGCUUUAGCUGCUAUGUGCUUAGUGCAGGUCGGCGGAAAGGAGCGGGAAGUUGGUUAGUGAAGUGUGGCGGUGAGGUAAAUCAAGCAAUGACUUCAACCAACACCUUCCAGGGUUUAGACGAGUGCAGCAAGCCCAGCUCCAGGGUACUGAGACCACCCGGAGGAGGCUCCAGUAACCUUUUUGGAAAUGCAGAAGAAAAUACCAGUACUCAUAAAUCGAAUAAGAUGACUUCAAGUAUCUUUGCACCACCCCCAGAAGAACCUCUGAGUGGUCCAAAAAGAACAAACCCACCAGGUGGAAAGGACAGUGGGAUUUUCAAAGAACCAGAAUCUGGCCAGCAGCAGACUCGCUCCCAACCACCUGGAGGAAAAACUAGCAAUAUUUUUGGAGAAUCUGAAGCUUCGUCAGUGCCACGUGUCCAUCCUAAUAAGCCAAAGGAUACUGGUAUUUUUGUGGGAAAAAAAUGUGAGGUUAACACAGAAGGUGUAAAGCCUACUGUGAAGCCAGAUGAAGUGCAAAAGCCUAAGCAGCAGGAGCAGGCUCCGGCUCCGGCUCCCUCAAAUAAGGAAUCUGAAGCCCAAAGCAAUGUGGAUGGCCAUGAGCCCCGAUUGGGUCCUCGACCUCGGUCACACAACAAGGUUAUUCAGCCUCCUGGAGGGAAGUCCAGUGUUGUCUUCUAUUAACAAAUGAACAUUCUGACUGGUCUGUUUCUUCUUCUGAAUCUGCAUCUCCUUUCUAGUCAAUUUGUUCACAUAUCUUGUAUUCUCUGACUUUCUGAAGGCCGUUACAUUUUAAUGUGUUUAAGUGUAAAUAUUGAACAUCUCAAGUAUGCCAAGACUUUUUUUUUAAUAAAUAUUUUGUGCCAGGCUAAGUCCUAUUGGGCUCUGCAUGCCAGGAAAGCUGGGGAUUUUGAUUCUUCGGGCAUACUUAAUGGUAUGUUUCAUCCAUGAGAAAAGAAUUUGUUGAUGCGUGUAAGGCCCAUUCUUGUGAAUGCUGUAAAGGUUACAUUAUGUGAAUUUCCAAUGGAAAAUGGUCGCUUGACCUGAAUACUGUUACGACCUAUGAUCUCUGUCCUGGUAGGUUGGAUUCUUUCAUGUAUAGCCACAUGCUUGCUUGCUUGCUUGCUUGCUUGCUAGCUAAAGGAUUGUUACACAAGGUGUUGAUGUGGAAGGCCUCUUUUACUUUAAUGCUCACAGGGGUGGGUGUCAGCAAAUGGGCUUUAAAGCAGGUUAGAGAACAAACACUUCCCUCAAAAAAUGAUGGCUUUACUAAGCUGCCAGGUACUCGAGUGUGAUUCACUGUGCCUUGCCUUACUCUAUGGUGCCUUAUUGGCCUGAAAUGUUAUCCAGUCUGCAAUUCAAAAUUAAUAAAUGACCAUAUUUUGUUAUAUCUUUGUGUAUGACUAACUUUCAUCUAAUUUUUUUCUACAGCUAUAGUACAAAAACAGCUUGGCUCCGGUUGGCUGAUGGGUAAAAGGUUUCGUAACCGGUAAAUGUGUGUUUUUUUUGGAUUCAUCCGCUAGAUCCACAGGGCCUUUUCAGACUGAGCUCAGUGUCUUGUUUUAUGUCUGGAGUGGGUCUUGGUAUCACUUUUCUAUGUAUAAAAUAAAUGCACGAGAAAGAACAGAUAGACGUAAAAAUGGAACUGUAUGGAUGUCUUAAUAUUUUUCAAACAUGUUGGCUGGUAUUUGUUCUAUGAUGAGAGGUAAUGUUAAUGUAAUAAAUGGCUAAUUUGAAAUUUU